GAGUGGUUGGAGACCGAAGAGAAGGACUUUUACAGAUGUAAACGUUAAAAGUAACGUUAGUAGCGGACCGCCUGCGGGAGGUAAACAGCUCAGAUGCUUUCUGCUCGGCGCGGAGCAAAACAGCACUACCAGCGCUCCUGGUGAGAGAACGGGGAAGCAGACCGGAGGGCCACACCUUGACAUACGCACAAGGGUGUUUUUACAGUUUGAACAUAUUUUAAACCGGAACGUUAUUGGUUUUUGACAGUUGUACUACUGUCUCUUUUGCCAAAUAACCAUUACUUAAAAAAAAUAAAAAUGGCGGGAACUGAUAAGGGUGACAAUGAAGUUGACAGCAAAUCAUCAAAACCACCAAGCAGUGCUUGUGGAGAACAAGUUCAACAAGGUGACCUUACAAAUGGGAACUCUCCAGCUGACUCCAACGUAAUUGAUUCAGCUUUAUCAGGAAUUCAAGGAUGCUCAACUCAAAAGUCAGUUACACCAGGUUGUAGUAGUUUGGAAGGAGAGCUAGGUGCAGCAUGCACUUCACAGAUUCAGACGUGUAAAGAUUCGGACUCUGCCAGUUUCCGUCCAAGAAGCCCUGAUCACUCUCCCAACACUGAAGACGUUGAUUUCAAAGUGAUUUUCAGUAAGAGCAAGUACGACAUUACUUUCCCUCUAGAUGACACAGUAGCACAGCUGAAAGAACAUUUAGAAAUGAUAACAGGUGUUCCACGUACAACUCAAAAGCUGAUGAUCAAAGGUCUAGCAAAAGAUUCAGCUACACUUCGUGAACAAGGAUUUACUAAAGGCUGUAAGGUGAUGUUGGUUGGAUCGAAGCUUGAUGACAUUUUGUCUGUGUCAACUCCCUCUAAGGAGGAACUCGAGGAUAAAAGUGGUUCAAACGCAAAGGAGCCAUUGAGUAAACAAAAAAUACAUCAGAAAGUACUUGAUAAAGGAAUACCUGAUGAUGUAAUGCCCGGAAUUUUAAAUACAAAGGAAGCAUUGCCACCAUAUCCUUUAUCAGGUAUGCUUAACAAAUAUGGUGGAAAAGUUCGUUUAACAUUUAAACUUGAACUAGAUCAAGUAUGGAUUGGUACAAAAGAACAAACACAGAAACUUUCCAUGAAUUCUAUCAGGAGUGUAGUCAGUGAACCAAUUGAAGGACAUGCAGAAUAUCACAUUUUAGGAAUUCAACUGGGCCCAACUGAAGCAUCUCGGUACUGGGUGUAUUGGGUACCUGUACAGUACAUCGAUGCUAUCAAGGAAACUAUUAUGGGUUCAUGGAUUAUGUAAAGAAACAUUUAUGUGAGUUACUGUAUUUGGGGGUGUGUUGUGAUAACACCUCACUCCUCAUUGCCAAAGGAUUUCUUUUUUCAUGUUUUUUUGUUUUUAAUGUCUGUUCUCUUUUUUUUUCUUUUAAGUAAAUGAAGAAGAUAGUACAAAAUGCUGUAUUAACAUUAUAACUUACAUCCAAUAUUUUUUACCCAAGGAUGUGCUCUUUUGGAAAUAAAUGACAUCGACCUCAUUUGUCUACAAGGUAUUUUUUUAAGAUCAAUAUUGUAGUAAUUGGUAAAAGAAACUUCAUUGUAUUCUUCAUGUUGACUUCUUCAUCAUGUCCACUCUAUAAAUAUUUUUAAAAAUCUACUAAUUGGGAAGUUAAAUGCAUCUUGGGAUUGGCUCAUUUAGACCACAGUUGGUUAAUUUGGACCACCUUCAUAUACAGCAGCCAGCAGCCACUGAUAGACAGCAGCCUCCAAAUGCUCGCUGUCUCAUCAAUACAGUUAUGCCAAAUGCUACAGCCAUUCUUAAGUGGCUGUGCUGGUCAAGCACCAGAUAGGCAAUCAAUAUUAGGGUAGACCAAACUACCCCGUAAUGGUCCUGAUGAGCCCAUUUUGCAGUAUGUUGGCAAAUGUUAAGGUCAUUGUUAUUUACAUCCCUGCACAUUUCUUAUCUUAAUUUAUCCUAAUGUGACUAUCUAAUGUUGCCUUGUUUGAUCUUUUGUUUGGUUUUCAUUGUGAUUUUAUGUACCCUUUCCUUCAAGUCUUUCAAGAUUGUCUAGUUACUGUUGUUGGAAGCUACUGAUAUUAUUGUAUUUACAUUAUUGGUUGAAGCUGAGGCAUUUUAGAUGAUUGUAUGUGUAUUCUAAUUUGACUCUUUUCUCUUUGACUGAAAACUUAUGAAUCUGUGAUUUUAUGAAGGGAUUUGUUCAAUGUAUCCUGUUCUCAACUGAAAAGUAAUUUAGCAUCAACCAUGUACCCAAACUUAAAAAAGAAUUUUAUUUGUUAAGUACUGAUGAUUUUUAGAUGAGUACUUUAGAACAUAGCUUGUGACCAUGUUGCUGCUGUGCUGUCUUCUAGAUAUCUUUUGAUGCAAAAGAUGUUGGGAUUGAAAGGAUCUUUUUUUUCUGCCUAUUAUUUUGAUCACACAAUCCAGUUCCAUCCUCUAAUGUAAUGUAUGUUUCACUGUGUACAUUAUGCAAUAUUCUGGUGUCUAAGCUAGUAUUUUCAUUGGUUGUAAAUUUUUCUAUUGAAUAUGAUAAGAUUUAUACUGUGUUUUAAGUUGUCAUCCUGCAUUAUUGCUAAAACAAUACUCAUCUGGUGUUUCUUGCAGCUGUACCUCUAGUGAAUAUUAAGUUCUUGUGUUAAUGAAACGUGUUUCUUUUCUUGAA